CACUUCCCAGUACACUCACUUCCUCUCCUCCUCCUUUUCCUCGUCCUCCAUCUUUCUUCUGGAAUAUCCUCAACACUGUUCUUCCUCUGUUUUUCUUUUCUAAAUUCAAGAAUCUUAACGAUCAACCCAGCUUAAGAUCCUCAAGUUUCUACUGUUUUCUUCAUGGAAACAUUCAAGAAAAUCAUCUUUUCGAUCUUCCUUAUGCUUCCGGUUGUGUUUUCCGGCAAAGAAACCGACCCAAAAUACAAAAUUGACUGCACAAUGUGCACUACCUGCGGGCCAUGUCACCACUCGCCACCUACUCCAUCCCCACCACCACCAGCAUCUACUAAGUACUGCCCACCACCACCUUCUUUUCCCAGCCCAGGAGGUGGAAACUACUACUACUCCCCGCCACCACCUCCGUCUGGAGGCGGCAUUUAUUACUACCCUCCACCACAGGGUGGCGGCGGGGGUUAUUACUACCCUCCACCCAAUUACAUUAACUACGGCACACCGCCACCGCCGAAUCCAAUUGUGCCUUACUUCCCUUUUUACUACCACAUUCCUCCACCGUCUUCUGGGUCCAUCAAAUUGAUGGGUUCCUCUGUUACCACCUCCAUUGCCCUGUUCUCCCUUCUUCUCUGUUUGUUUUGAUGUUGUAAAAAAAUAAAAAAUAAAGAGAGAAGAAACUAAACGAAGAUGAAAUAAUGAGGCCAGCAGAUUCACAGAUCUGAGGCGCUCAAGGAUCAAAGAAACAGAGGGAGGAGAAAUGGGAGCUUCAGCAUUAUUACAGAAAUAUGAAGAAGAGAAGGAGACAUGAAAUAAUGUAACUCUUUUUUUUUCCUUUUCUUCUCGCAUAUACUCUGUUUCUGUAAAUUUCCCUUCUUUAAUUUAGAAUGAUCUGUAAUUUAUUGUUAAUUUGUAGCUUUUUUUGUUUUCCAUUACUAUUAAUUUAGUAAUAAGGAAUUAAGAAAUUAGUCAUCUUUGA